AUGCCCCGACCACCCGCGAAAAAAGGUCGCGCGCCGCGUCAAAACGCGCUCCCCAACGCGCCACCGGCCGCCACUAGCAACGAGGAUGAGCGCAACUCAAGUAUUUCGAAUAACGGGCGGAGGAAUAAGCGGCGAGGGACCGUACAGGAGACAUCCAAGUACGACAAAAUCACACAAGCAACGCCUGCCCGGUCGAAUCGGCCUAUUCCAGAGCGACAGAGUUCCGCCAGAACCAGAAGACCAAAUCAGACGCCAGUCACAAAGCAAGCACAAUCGGAUUAUGGGUCAGCAGCCUCAGCCGUGGCCGGGGGCCAUGCUGGCAGAGGACGUUUCUCGGUCGGACCCAAGCGCGGAGAUGCUAGCUCGUUGCUGCAAAAGAUGGGCGUGGGGACACCUGCGUUUGAGAGCUCGAUGUUGAGUGCGUUUCGGCCGAGGCCCAGACAGCACAGUAUCUUACAAUUGAUGGCGGAUGACGAAUCGUCGGAUUUUGGUGACGAUGAGGACUUUUUAGGAAGCUUUGAGCCCGAGGAUGAGUCGACGCCGUUGCAUCUGGGGAAGAGGAAGACGAUAUCAAGGGGGGAGGUGAUUUUAGGUGGUGGUGAUGGUUCUGGUACUUGUGUUGACGAUGUUGGACGGAUUCCCGGGUCGCCAACGAGGGGAGAUGUGAGUUUAGUUACGGCGUCGGGGUCGCCGGUAAAUAUCAAGAAAAGGAAGAUAAUGGUGCUGGUUCCGCCGCCCAGCAACCGUCUUGCACGACGCGAGCCGUCUCCGGAAAUGGAGUCGAUUCCUAACCACGAAAUUGGUGUUGAGGUGGUUGAAGAGACUGAACACAGCCCAUCAGAAGAUGAUGAUGACCUGCUGCCUCCAAUGGGACGACCUACACGCGAGAUGUCGCCAGAGGCUUGGAGCCAAACAUUAGCACCGCCAUUGAGUAGCCCGACCACGUCUCCCAACAAAUCGCCCGAGCGACCGAGGUCACACGCAAAAAGUCGAAAGAAAAAGGGCAAACCAGAUUCCGAAGCAAAACUACUUGUCUCUACGGCCGCUUUACAAGCGAAUCUUCUACCGCAACGGCGACGACGAAGGCGGCGCCUGAAUGGAAAUGGUGAAUUUGACGUGUUUGACGACAACGAUGGUUCUUCAGCGCGAAGUCCAUCGCCCGAACUUGCGCCGGAUGAAGACGAAUUAAGCUACUUGCCAAUCCGGCCAGGGCGCAAAGCGUCUACCAAGAAACUAAAAGAAAAUAAAACCGCAUUGAACAGGUUGCCCAAACGCGGUAAACGACCUGGAGCCAAGGAGAAAUCUACGGACUCUAAUGAGCGCAAGCCAUCAAAGCCCUCUAGAGACGGAGCGCGAGUCACGUAUUCGCGCCAACGACCGGCGAACGCGGAGGCUGAUGCUCUGAGUGUCCCCGAGGGAGACGUCGAAGACGCAGGUACAGAAGGCGGGCGUUUUGUCAGUGAGGAACUUGUGCGUCAGUCUGCGAAAUUUGCUGAGGUUGACCAGUGGUCCAUUGAUUUCGAAGAUGUUGUAGUUGAACAGGGCAGUUCAUACAGAUGA